AAAGCAGCAGCAAAAUUCAUCGAAUAAUCCGAAGAAUCUGGCCAUCAAAAUCCUCGCCAAUCAAUCGCCACCAUUAGUCCAAGAAAAUCAGCACCGUACAUUCUUCGUCUCAAUUCUUCACUAUCUGCUCUGUCCCCGCCUCAAAAUCGCCGGUUUUUGCCCUCCCAAACUCCUUCCGACAGACAGACGGCGGAGAGGGGACAUGGAUUCAGAUCAAGGAAAGCUUUUUAUUGGUGGGAUAUCCUGGGAGACGGACGAGGAUAAGUUGAAGGAUUAUUUCCAGCAUUACGGCGAGGUGAUCCAGACUGUAGUGAUGAGAGACAAGGUUUCCGGCAAGCCCAGAGGGUUUGGGUUUGUGGUAUUUGCAGAUCCCAGUGUUCUUGACACCGUUCUCCAGGAUAGGCACACCAUUGAUGGCCGUACGGUUGAGGCAAAACGGGCGUUAUCAAGAGAGGAACAACAGAGCUCGAAAGCUGGGAAUGUUAAUAGCAGCAGUGUUUCUGGUGGUGGUGGUGGUAGCAAUAAUAAGACCAAGAAAAUAUUUGUUGGGGGGUUGCCUCCUACCCUCACUGAUGAUGAGUUCCGCCAGUAUUUUGAAACGUAUGGUAAUGUGACUGAUGUAGUUAUUAUGUAUGAUCAGCAGACGAACCGACCUCGAGGGUUUGGUUUUAUUUCGUUCGAUUCUGAAGAUGCAGUAGACAGGGUUUUACACAAGACCUUUCAUGAUUUAAACGACAAGCAAGUAGAGGUAAAACGCGCUUUUCCCAAAGAUGCAAACCCUAACGCUAGUGGCCGUUCCAUGGGUGGUGGAAAUUACCAGGGGUAUGGUGGUUCUGGUAACAGCCCUUAUGGUAAUAAAAUGGAUUCCAACAGGUACAUGUCAUCGCAAAACACUGGAGGAGGGUAUCCCUCCUACGGUUCCUCUGGUUACGGUACACCUGGUUAUGGAUAUCCACCUACCGGUGGCAUGGGUUAUGGUGGUUAUGGAAGCUACGGUGGUGCCAAUCCUGGUUAUGGGAAUGCGAAUACUGGGUAUGGAGGCCUUUCCAGUUCUCCGUAUGGAAACCCUAAUGCUCCCAAUAGUGGCUAUGGAAGUGGCCCUGCAGGUGGACCGAGAAGCUCGUGGAGCUCUCAGAGUCCCUCGGGGUAUGGGAAUGUCGGCUAUGGAAGUGCCCCAUGGGGUAAUUCCAAUGCUGCUUCUGGUGGCGGUGCUGCUGCAGGUCAAUCAGUGACGGGAGUGGCAGGGUAUGGGAGCCAAGGUUAUGGCUAUAGCGGGUUUGGUGGAAAUGACGGGGCUUAUGGAAAUCCAUCUGCUUAUGGGUCUAUUGGACGUGCUGGUGGUGCUCCAAGAACAAGUUCACCGAUUGGUGGUGGUGCUACGGGAGAGUUACAAUCUGGUGCCGGGGGCUAUGGGGGGUAUGGCAAUGCCGGUGGAAAUUCUGGAUAUGGAAGUGCAGGCUGGAGACCCGAUAUACCACAAGCUUCGGGCAAUUAUGGCUCGAAUGGAUCCCAUGGCGGCCAGGUUGGGUAUGGAAGCAGCUAUAGUGGUAGUAUGCCAGGUCGGCAAUCUCAACAGCAGUAAUUGCAAUGUGCGACUCAUUGGAGUCUCUUCCCGCCACUGAUUUUGCAGUUCACAUGCUGGGAGGAGGGGAUGGCGCUUUCAACACAUCAUACCUGCUAAACGGGACUGGUUGGAUUGCUUGAAUCUAUAGUUUUCAGUACUCGUUUGCUAGUCUAAGUAAAACUAGUUUCAUCGAGUAAAGUUUUCCGUUGCUCUUUAUAAUAUUUGCAGGAGUAGUUUCAACUUUGUUGUGCUUAUAGCUAUUUACUAGAUGAGCUUGUUGCAUCGUUUCCCAUUGUCUGCGAGAUAUAUGAGUCUACUUUAUGUCGAACUUCUAUCUGCUUGAUUCUGAUUAGUCUUUUGGUAAUGAAUUUACGCUUUAGCAGUAUUUAA